AUGCGUAUUUUUGCGUGGUCUGACCUCCACCUAGAGAGCAAAGUAAACUUUGAGCUUGUCAAGCAAUUUUGCCAGUUGAACAAGAAACGCACCGAUUCCACAGAAAAUUCGAUGAGCAGCGGCCAUGGCACGGCAAACGCAGAUGAAUGUGCAAUAGGCUCCUCUACUGAGGCCAGUACUGGAGCAGAAGCUCCGGCAUGGCCCCCGCUCUCUGGCACCAUAGCAGGCAACAUAGGAAAGCUGUGGGAAGUGGUCACAGGAGCGACAUCACCACUCAACGAGGACUUUGCCGACGAUGUACUUAUUCUCGCUGGAGAUGUUCACCACGAGCUAGAAGGUUUGAAAGAGUCCCUAAAACUUUUUUGCUCAGUCUUCGGCCACGUGGCCUUCGUACCUGGAAACCACGAGCUCUGGAUAACCCACAAGGACAGAGAUUUUGGAGUCGGCGAUGUAUGUGCAAGUUCACGGGUGAGUCAAAUGUUCCUAGUGUUCCCUAUCACGGUGCUGGUGCAGCGGAUGCGGCUGGGCGUAGGGAAGCGUCUGGCUUACCUUGUGGAUCUCAGCGGGCAGUUGGCGUUUCUUGCAAGCCUUUUCAUGUGCUCGGAAGGUGGGUCCCCUGCAUCAGAUACACAUGACUACGCAGCGGUUGCCCGUGUACCAGAAUCGAACAUCGGCCACACCAGACGGUCAGAAAGUGAUCAUAGUUCGCAUAUCACUAAUUGUAAGACUGACGUGGGUUCUUCUUCCCCAGAAGGCACUUGCGGACAGGAGUCUGCCUGCUGCGAGGGCGGCACCGUAGUCAUUACCUUUUCACACUUUUUGCCUCGCGCGGAGCUGGCCAAACUUUACCCACUAAGCCCUGGAGCACUUGCUUACGUGAUGGGGUCCACCCGUAUCGAUGAACAGCUCAGACAGGCCGACGGCUCAAUGCAUGUUUUUGGGCAUUCCCACGUCAACGUCGAUCACAAGAUCGAGGUACGGUCCACAGGUUCCCAGGCGCUUUCCUGCAUUGCAUAG